GUGAUCACGUACUGGAUUCGUGGGACGUACCUUAACGCCGCUCGGUGUGGAGAGGGGGGAGGAUCCAUGGGCGAUCAGAGGUCGUUGGCGUCGGUUGUGUGCACGAUCUGAACGCCUUCGGUUGGGGCGCUCUCCGGUUGGUGUAGUUUAUUUAACAUCCGUGAUCGUGCGCUAGGUGUUGUAUAUGUCAGCAUUGAUAAUGUUUGCACAUGUGAUGAUACAUAUUAAUUGUUGUAGGAAAUGGCGGAAGAUGAGUUAACUGAUAUGAUGUAUGACAUGGAGUUUGGAGAACUGAUGAAAGACUGGAUAGAAGAUUGGUCAGAUGAUGAAAAUUCAGAUCGUGGAGAUAGGUCAGAGAAUGGGAACGUAUUGGAAGAUCUUAAUAUGGAUGAACAUGAUGAUGGUCAGGAAAACAAUGAGCAUGAUGAUGGUGAGGAAAACAACUCGGAGAUCUCGAAUGAAGAUUACAUUAGUCAGCUCAUUUCCGAAUGUCAUAAUGCGUACGACUAUUACGGUGAAUCCGACGCGGAGACAGGCCUUGAUGUCGAAUCAUUAGCUGCAUCUGAUUCUGGGGAGUCGCAAUUGUCGGUCAUCAUGAGUGAGGUGACAGAAGUUGAGGGUAAAAAGAAUGUCCAAGAUACUGCUAGUGCAGAUGAUAAGAGGGAUAUGUUCAUGCAGAUAAUACAAAUGACUUUUACGUCUCACGAGGCUGCGUAUGAUUUCUACAACAGCUAUGCUAGAGAUAAUGGUUUCAGCAUUAGAAAGAAUAGGGUCAGACAAGGAAAACAUGACAACAGGUUGCUAACCGAGGAAGGACACAGCCGUAGGCUCAGACCCGAGACACGCUGCCACUGCGAAGCGCACCUGACCGUGAAGCUUGACCAAAAGCGUGGGGUUUGGUAUGUUGAUAGUUUUGAGGACAAGCAUAGCCAUAUCUUGGCAGGACCGGACGAGGUACCUUUUCUUUGGUCCCACAGAAAAAUCAAAGAGUACCAGAAGCAUGAGAUAAUGUCCAUGGGAGCUGCAGGGAUUAGAAUUCACGACAUGAUGGAUUGCUUCAUCAGCAAACAUGUAUGGUACGGCGGUGUUGGUUUUACCAGGCGUGAAAUAUACAACCUUUGCGCCAGGGAGAAGAGGAAGCUGCUUUCAAAAGGUGAUGCUGCCACAGUCAUAGGCAUCAUGGUCAGUAGGAAACAGAGGGAUCCUAGCUUCUUUUUCGAGUACAAGCUAGACAAGGAAGGACAUCUGAAUAGGAUGUUCUGGUGUGACUCCCAGUCUCGUCAUGACUAUGAGGACUUCGGCGACGUGCUUGUAUUUGACAGCACGUACAAGAUGAACCGGUAUGGUAUGCCAUUCAUACCCUUUGUUGGUCUUAACAAUCACCGGAAUACCACUGUUUUUGCUUGUGCCAUAGUUUCGGACGAGACCGAAGAGACAUAUGUGUGGCUGCUGGAGACUUUUUUGAGGUCCAUGUGUCAAAAGAUGCCUAUGAGUGUUAUCACGGAUGCCGACGCUGCGAUGAUGAAGGCAAUUCGCCAAGUCUUGCCAGACGUGUGGCACCGUAUAUGUACGUGGCAUAUAGAAAAAAAUAUGAAGAUUCACCUCAGUCACAAGUCCUUGAAGGAGUUCCGAACUCUUCUGUACUACAGCACGUCCACGGCCACGUUUGAGGAGAGAUGGCACGCGUUUUCCAAAAGAUGGCAGUCGGAAAAAACAGUAACAUGGUUGAGACGGAUGUAUAAGAAGAGGAGACUGUGGGCCGCGGCUUAUCUGACAGAGGGUUUUUGGCUUGGCAUGAAAAGCAACCAGAGGAGUGAAAGUCUAAACUCAUGCCUUCACCUCCACCUAGACGGUGAAAUGACCCUGGUGGAUAUGAUUUUGCACUAUGAGAACGCCGUUGUACGUAUCCGUGAGAAUGAGGCACGAGAUGAUUGCACGGCCUCACAGAGUUUACCGGUGCCAGUAACUAGCUCGAGGGAACUUGAGAUAGCUGCUUCUCACGUCUUCACUCCAGCAAACUUCUAUAUGUUGCAAGCAGAUCUUAGGAAAAUUGGUGGCAUGGAGAUUGUAGAAAUAAAGCUCGGAGACGGAUCACAGCAGUACAUCGUGGCCUGGAAGAAUAACUGGAAGAGCCGUUUUUGGGUGGAGUACACUCCAGUAAAUUCCGCAGAAACUAUAAGGUGCAGCUGCAGAAGAAUGAUUCGAAAGGGUCUACCUUGCAAGCACAUAUUCCAUGUACUGAAGUACUUGAAUAUAUCUGAAAUACCAAAGUGUUUAGUUCUUGUGCGGUUCACGAAAGACGCAAGGUUGGGACUGCCCGCCAGGCGCACAAGUGAUCUGUUGGGAUUUGGAUGGACUGGAGCAGCUGAAAGAAUGAAAUAUAGCCAGGUCAGUGUGUUGGCUUCAGAAGCUAUGCAUGCAGCAUGCAAACACCCAACUUUGUGGGAUCAGUUACAGGAGAGUUUGAAGGCCGUGAUAGCUAAGAGCCAUGAGUAUGAUCAGCUAAAGGAAAAUUUGAGUAAGAAAAUGGCUGAUCUUAGUACUUGUGCAAUUGAAUAUGUAGAUGAUGGUGAAGGCAACAUAGUUGAAGUUCAUGAUCCUAUUAAAGUAUCAAUGAAAGGUGCAACUAAGGUAGAUGAGAACCGCCCUAUGUCGAAAAAUGGUAGGCCACUUUCGUACGACGAGAUCAGAAUCAGAAGCGUGGUGGGCGAAGAAGAGUAG